AUGGUAGUGUGGCCUUUUCAACCUCCUCAGUCAUUUCAAAUUCCAGUCAAAAAGUCAAAUGACGAUGGUGAAGUGAUUAAUGAAGAGAUACUGCAAGUGCUAUCUGUACCACAGUCCAAUUGUUUGAUCAUUCUGACUCGUACACGAGUCUUAUUAUACAAUUACAAGCCAUUGGCAUUGAUUGCAUGUCACAAUCGCACUGAGACGUCCGUGUCUGAACUGGGGGGAAACAAAUUUUCCAUAUCAGACUCAGUGUCCCGCGAAUUGUUCGAAGGGCUUAUAUCUGAUGAUGCUCUCAAUGGUAUUGGCUCCCACCGCGGUAAAAUAGCGCUCUAUGUCAUUACAGAGAAGAACUUCAUCAUGGUCUACCAGCUGCUAUUAACAGUUAGUUCCACAACGAUUUUUAAAGAAUAUGGAAUACCCGUUUCAGAGAUUUAUGAAAUGGACUCGGAAAAUGGUCGAGGAAUAAUGGAGGAAAAUGAUGACGACGAAAUUCUCACAGUAUUUGCUAAGAAGGAUGCGCAUAAAGUAAUUCAAAAUGGUUACGCUAUCGACAAACAGCAAGGAUUUCUUCAAUUUCUCAAUAAGUCCCCGGAAACAAUGGAUGAGUUACCAAUUAAGAGAGUUGAACUUCGUCUCAAAAUAAUUUUAAAGUUUGACCACAAGAUCAUAGAUAUGAUAGCCAUACGGGAAACCAAUUUUGAGGAAGAUAACGUUGAUAAUCAGCACUUAUUGAUUCUUUUCCCUCAUGGUUUGCAGGUGAUAAAUCUUCGGAACUUCAAAUUGGAAAACAAUUCUCUAGUCCAGGUUACUAAUGGCCAAAAGAUGUUUGAAUAUAGAGGCAAAGUGCACGUUCUUUCUCCAACUUCGGGAGAAUUAUUCAUAAAUACGAUCAAUUUUACAGAUUUGACAGUAGACUCCAAGAAGGUGGACACUGGCAUACAAGAGGAGAUUCUAAACGUGUUUUCGGUAGAUGAGGUUCUCGUUCUUGUGUAUAAAAAUCAGUUGGUGUAUUAUGACCCGAUAAAUGAAAUUGUUAUGAAAAGAUGGACGCCUUCUUCAAAGAUCGAAAGAUGUGAACCCUUAGCUCAUGACACAUUGCUACUGUUCUCAGCUGCAGGUAAUUUGGAGAUCUUAACUAAGUGGGCAAACUACAUUUUUUCUACUUCGAAUGAGGACACAGACGAACAAAGCGCUUACUCCCAUUUUUCAAAUUUCACCUUCAUAGACAACAGCCUAUUUACAACCGCCAAGGGAAGCCAAUUCUUUAAGUUGGAUUUAUGGCAUGAAGUCAAUCCAACUAUAUCUGACUUUCGGAAUCCAGUUACAUUUAUUCUUCAUGAUAAUAAUAACGACAUUAUGCUGUAUUCGCCCACACAUGAUGCUUCAAACGUCGUAAAUUUUCAGGUUAUUAAAUUACCCACAAAAACAAUCAACAAUUUUAUUGCACAAGUGAAAGUGAAUGGCACUUUAACUAUGUUGACAACUCUGAUUGGGAAUAAAAACAUUCUUCUAGUACACGAUUUAAAGGCUAAUAUCUGGCACAGUUUUAACGACGUUAAUAUUCUUGAUAUGUGUUGGUUAGGAAAUGAAUACCUUAUUUGUCGUAUUUUGGAUGAAACGAGCACAAGCGAGUGUUUAAGAUGUUAUCAUUUUGUUCCAGCACGUUUCAACAAAGUCGACAUUGCCGACUAUCUCAUAUGGAACUAUUCUGUACCACCAGAUACGAAGAUUUUGGACAUGCACGUAAACACACUCACGAGAUAUAAAAUGCUGAAGAUCAAAUCGAAAAAUCCCAAAGACGAAGUAAUUGAUAACGUUUUCAAGACUGCAGAAAUUGUUCUAACUCUAGCAAACAAUAAAAUCCGAACCAUAGAUGUACUAUCUCAUAUCAAUGGUGACGGCAGUAAUGCCAUCAUAAAAUUUUAUCCCCUUCCUGUUCAGAUCCUACCAGAAAAUUUGGUCGAUCGUUUUGAAUGGGUCAUGAGCUUCAAGGAGGGUUACUUAGCUUUAGGUGACGCCCAGCUUUUCAAACUGGAGAAGUUAGGAGACGAAAGCUGGCAGUGCACGGUUCUCCUCAAGAAAGUUGAAAAGAUUUUUGAUUUGGUAUUCGAAGAUAUAUUCAUAGUCCAUGAUAAUAGUAUCGAGGUCUAUUCACUGGAUGAAUUGUGGCUGGACAAACCUUACUCUGCAAUCCUUCCUAUUAGCGACAAUGAUUAUCCUAUUGCGGUUUCUCCAGAAAGUGCCGUUAUACAUAGCCUGCAUUGUGUUUUCUAUCAAAACUUCUCGAAGCUCGUAACGCAUCAGACCAUUUACCUUGAUCAGUUAAUUGAUCAUUCGCUGUCUCAAAGGGUGCCAGUGAACGAAAUCGACGCCAAAUAUCAUUCUCUCAAACAUUACAAGUUCACCCUGGAAAAGCUCUUGUCCAGCAAAGUUCUUAGUAACGCACCGCUGUCAGAACUGCUUGAUUUAAUUGACACGUAUGAUGAAGGUCCUGAAUCCAGAGGAAAGUUAGAAAUAAUCAGUAAUUGCCUAAGAAAGAUUGAAAUAGAGCACUGGGACUACUUGUUCACGAAGCUCAACUUAACUCCGAGAGACCUAUUAGUUCAAUGCGUAGAACAAAAUGAAGCUCGAGUUCUUGGGAUUCUGUUAAUGGUAUUUUUAAACUAUGAGGGUGGGCAAAACGCUUCUCCAGUGAACAGCUCCAAUCUCGAUUUAAAACAACUCAAAACUAAGGGCAAAAAAAAGAAUAAGAAGACAAGCAAACACAAGAUGAAGUCCGAUACACAGAAUUUAGAUAAGAAUGGAACGUUUUCUGGGGUUCUCGACGAUGAGGAUUUGAUCCUACAAGUAUUAAAAAUACUGGUGAAUACAGCCGCAUUUUCAACUGUGCCGGAGGAAGCUCAAGAAUUUUGGGACAUGAGCUUUCAAUUAGUUAGAUUUAUAAAAGCACUUGACAAUGAUGGAUCAUCGAGCUUGGUUCAAAAGUCGAUUCAACUUCUUGGUUAG